GACCCGGAAAAUUGCCCACUCGGUUGGCUCCGCCCCCUAGAGGCCGAGCUGGGCCUCGGCUGUACUAGGGUUGUGAGUUUGCAGGCUUAGUGGUCCGCGCCUUUCAGGGGUGAAGUUCGGGGGGGGGCCCCCUGUGGAGGAAGCGCGUUGGCUAGGAGGAGUUCCCGGAAGUGACUCACGGAGGCCACGUGGGCGAGAGCACAGCAGAUGGAGGUGCUCCUGAGGAGGCUUUUGCAGCUGGGAAGGACCCCAGGAGUCUUGGGGCACUCCUCGGGACCCUGCGAGGCUAGCUUAGGCACUGAUCCUGGGGCUGCAGUGCGGGUGCGGUUCGCCCCCAGCCCCACAGGCUUUUUGCAUCUGGGUGGCCUCCGCACUGCCUUGUACAACUACAUCUUUGCCAAGAAAUUUGGAGGGAGCUUUAUCCUGCGGAUGGAGGACACGGACCAAUCCCGCCUUGUGCUCGGGGCAGCAGACAAUAUUGAGGACAUGCUGGAGUGGGCAGGCAUUCCCCCUGAUGAGAGCCCACGCCGGGGAGGCCCCACUGGGCCCUACCUGCAGUCCCAGAGGCUUAAGCUAUAUGCCCAGGCCACAGAAGCUCUGCUGAAGACUGGCGCUGCUUACCCCUGCUUUUGCUCACCACAGCGGCUGCAGCUGCUGAAGAAGGAGGCCCUGAGGAGCCGCCAGAUGCCCCGGUAUGACAAUCGGUGCCGGCACCUGAGCCAGGGGCAGGUAGCCCAGAAGUUGGCCGAGGACGCUAAGCCUGCUAUCCGCUUUCGCCUAGAGGAGGAGGCACCGGCCUUCCAGGACUUGAUAUUUGGCUGGAAUCGGCAUGAAGUAGCCAGUGUGGAGGGGGAUCCGGUCAUCCUGAAGAGCGAUGGCUUCCCCACAUACCACCUCGCCUGCGUGGUGGACGACCACCACAUGGGCAUUAGCCAUGUGCUGCGUGGCUCAGAGUGGCUUGUCUCAACCUCCAAGCACCUGCUUCUCUACCAGGCCCUGGGCUGGACACCGCCUCGCUUUGCCCACCUGCCUCUGCUCCUCAAUAAGGAUGGCAGUAAGCUGUCCAAGAGGCAAGGGGACAUUUUCCUGGAGAGUUUUGCUGCUGCUGGGUUCCUCCCAGAUGCCUUACUUGACAUCAUCACUAACUGUGGCUCAGGGUUUGCAGAAAACCGAAUGGGCAGGACCUUGCCAGAGCUGAUAGCACAGUUUGACUUGACCCGGAUCACUUGCCACUCGGCCCUGCUAGACCUGGAGAAGCUCCCAGAAUUCAACAGGCUGCACCUUUGUCGGCUGGUGAGCAAUGAGACCCAGAGGCGCCAGCUGGUUGGAAAGCUGCAGGUGCUUGUGGAAGAGACAUUUGGGAGCCAGCUGCCAGACAGGACUGUCCUGGACACAGCCUAUGUAGAGAGGAUCAUCCUCCUGAGACAGGGUCAUAUCUGCCGCUUGCAGGACCUGGUCUCCCCAGCACACUCCUACUUGUGGACGCGCCCUGCUGUAAGACGAGCACAGCUACAUGCCAUCUCAGAGAAGGUGGAUAUGAUUGCCAAGUGUGUACUAGGGCUUUUAGAAGGACCUGGUAUGAGCUUAACUCAGGAUAUACUGAAUGCAGAACUGAAGAAGCUGUCGGAAGGUCUGGUUGGCACCAAACACAGUGAUGUGAUGAAACUCCUCCGAGUGGCCCUCAGUGGACAGGCGCAAGGACCACCUGUAGCUGAAAUGAUGGUGUCUUUGGGACCAAAGGAAGUGCGGGAACGAAUACAGAAAGUGCUUUCCAACUGAUGGGAUGUACUGGACACUGGAGGUAGCCCUAGGAACCUGUUGUGUUUGGAAACUGCCUUCAGAGCAGAGGAGCAGGAGGCCUCUGGCCCAUCAGAACCAAGAGUAGAAACAGAGUCUCUGGGUGCACACAAGUGCAUUCACAGCUCCAGGCAACUCUGUCCUCACCAGUCGGCUAAGGAAGCCCAGAUCCUUCUCACCUCCGUGAGUCUGGAGAAGACCUCAUGCCUGGUUCUGAUACCACGUUAUAUGGCAGAGGUUAUAAGCUAGUUCAUAGAACAGUUCAGAGGGUUCAUCUUUAGGCCGACCAGGCAGCUGUAACAAAAUGCCACAGACUUGGAGGACUUAACAGAAAGUUAUUUUCUCACCGUUCUGCAGGCUGCAAUUUGAAGAUCAAGGUGUUGGCAGGUUUCCUUUCUCCUUGGCUUGCUGCUGACUGCCUUGCUGCCUUACAUGGUCAUCUCUGUUAAGUGUGCCCUUAGUAUCUCUUUCUAUCCAAAAGUCCUCUUAUAAGGACACCAGUCGGAUGGGAUUAGCACUCACCCUAAUUGCCCAGUUUUACCUUCAUCACAUCUUUAAAGACCCAGCUGCAGAUACAGUCACAUUUUGUGGUCCUGGGGGUUAGGGCUUUAACAUACAACUCCAGAGGACACAGUUUAGCUUAUGACAGCUUGGCAGCAAUCUGGACUCAAUACUCAGGCCUAUUUUGGACUUUGAGCAAUAAAGUUGGCAAGCAGGGAU